CAGGUGCGGCCCCGACUGAGUGGCUUAUUGGGAGCUUGGGAGGAGCCCAGAAGAGACCGCCAACAGUGAAAAUGUCAGCGCCAGAGGAUCUGGGAGAUGAUGCUCACGGCGACGCCGACCGCGGCGACCUUUCCGGGGACCUCCGUAGUGUGCUGGUCACGAGCGUGCUCAACCUCGAGCCGCUAGAUGAAGAUCUCUACAGAGGAAGGCAUUACUGGGUACCUACCUCCCAGCGGCUGUUUGGGGGUCAGAUUGUGGGCCAGGCCCUGGUGGCUGCAGCCAAGUCUGUGAGUGACGACGCCCAUGUCCACUCCCUUCACUGCUACUUUGUCCGGGCAGGGGACCCGAAGGUGCCAGUGCUGUACCACGUGGAGAGGACACGGACAGGAGCCAGCUUCUCAGUGCGCGCUGUGAAGGCCGUGCAGCACGGGAAGGCCAUCUUCAUCUGCCAGGCCUCCUUCCAGCACAAGCAGCCCAGCCCGAUGCAGCACCAGUUCUCCAUGCCCAUGGUGCCCCCGCCAGAGGACCUGCUGGACCAUGAGGCUCUCAUCGACCAGUAUUUAAGGGAUCCUAACCUUCAUGAGAAAUAUCGAGUGGGGCUGAACCGUAUUGCUGCCCGGGAUGUACCUAUUGAGAUCAAGCUGGUGAACCCACCCACCCUGAACCAGCUGCAGACAUUGGAGCCCAAACAGAUGUUCUGGGUGCGAGCCCGGGGCUAUAUUGGGGAAGGUGACAUCAAGCUGCAUUGCUGUGUGGCUGCUUAUAUCUCUGACUAUGCCUUCCUGGGUACGGCACUGCUGCCCCACCAGUCCAAGUAUAAGGUGAACUUCAUGGUCUCACUAGACCACUCCAUGUGGUUCCACGCCCCUUUCCGAGCCGACCACUGGAUGCUCUACGAGUGUGAGAGCCCCUGGGCUGGUGGCUCUCGAGGGCUAGUGCAUGGGCGGCUGUGGCGUCGGGACGGGGUCCUUGCUGUGACCUGUGCUCAGGAGGGUGUGAUCCGACUGAAGCCUCGGGUAUCAGAGAGUAAGCUAUAGUCAGAGAUAGCCACCUCGGCCUGGGGCUAAAAGGACUCUUUGCACUGCCAUUCCUGAGGCAGGAAUCACAGCUGAGAGCUGGUCUUCCUGACCCUUACAUCCAAUAAAGAGAUUGCUAACA